AUGAGGAAAUCAGUUGAAAAGCUUAUGUCUUCCACAGAGAAGUAUGGAGACCCAGCACUCAUGAGGUUCUUGAUUGCCAGAUCAAUGGACCCAGACAAAACUGCAAAGAUGUUUGUUCAGUGGCAGAAAUGGUGGACUGCAUUGGUGCCUUCAGGGUUCAUCUCUGACUCUGAAGUUGGCGAUGAAUUGGGAUCUAAAAAGAUUUACUUACAGGGUUUAUCAAAAAAUGGACACCCAGUAAUUAUUGUAAGAGCAAGCAAGCAUUUUACUUCCAAGGAUCAGCUCCAAUUCAAAAGGCCACUCAGUGGUGGUGUUCCAGGGUUUGUUAGCCUUUCAUUGUUGGACAAUUUCCACAUAUGUUCUUUUAAAGGCAGAGAGAUUGGAAAUGAAAAGCUGACUGCUGUUUUUGAUUUACAACAAAUUACAUUCAAAAACAUUGAUGCACGUGGGUUAAUCACUGGUUUUCAGUUUUUGCAGAUCACCUUUGUUAGAGGCCAAACCUCUGGUUUUGAUCGCAAAUCUGGUUCUAGGUUUAUUAUUGAUGAUAGGGCUUACUAUCCAGAGCGUUUAGCUAAGUGUUUCAUACUAAAUAUGCCACGGUUUUCCGUGAGUGUUUGGAGGAUAGUAUGCCGAUUCCUUGAGAAAGCGACGCUAGAGAAGAUCGUAAUUGUGAACAAUGAAGACGAAAUGAGGGAAUUUGUUAGGGAAAUUGGUGAAGAGGCCUUACCCGAAGAGUAUGGCGGGCGAGCAACGCUCGUGGCUCUUCAAGACGUUGUACUUACCCCAUUGGUAACUCAAUAG